GCUUCAUGAGUGUCCAGAAGAAGAGCCGCACAUCCUGCUGGAGUGUGACAGCGGCGUGCUGGAUGCCAUACAAAAACAUCUGAAACUGUACAGGAUCCGGAGGAAAGUAAACAUCACCCCUUGCCUUGACCUCUCUUUGUGGGCCGUCAUCCCCGGGGAGCGGGCUGGAGACAUUGCCGGUUCCCUUGCUAAAUGUGCAAACCAGGCUCUGAUUUUAACUCCUGAUCCCAGAACAGAAGUCAUGGGCUGGAGACUGAUUACAAAGAAAGGAGCAAAUCUGUCAGAAAUUAUCCCUGGGAGUCACAUUGGAAACAUUCAGGAUUACCACAGGCACAGGUAUAAACAAGGAAUUCCCGAAGGUGUGAAAGAUCUCCCUCCUGGAGUAGCCCUCCCACUGGAAUCAAACUUGGCCUACAUGAAUGGCAUCAGCUUCACCAAAGGCUGUUACAUUGGACAGGAGCUGACAGCCAGGACCUACCACAUGGGUGUCAUUCGCAAACGGCUGCUGCCAGUCUGCUUUUCAGCUCCUCUUCCCAAAGACAGCAUUCCCGAGGGUGCUGAGAUCUUAACAGAAUCGGGAAAGUCAGCCGGCAAGUUCCGGGUUGGAGAGGGUGAACUUGGUAUAGCUUUGUUGAGGUUAGCUAAUAUAAAUUUUUUUUUAAAUAUAGCAGGUGAUAAAGUGAAGCUCACUGCAAGUAUACCCGAGUGGUGGCCAAAAACUGCUAGUAAAUAAAUGAGGAACCAGCAUUUGCCUUAUUGAGAAUAUAUUUUGUGUGAUACGUUUGGGAAGG